AGCUUGGUUCAAGCAAAGUCGCGUCGGCAUCGGUCGCACAAAGAGGAGGUGAUGUCUGACCUUUUGGACCUAACCGAGGAGAAGAAAGACGAUGUGAUCGACCCUUUAGCUGCUGGGUAUCCUUCUACCUCCACCUCCGCGGAAGCUCCUGCCCCGGCGGCCCCUGCGGCGGCCCCUGUGGCGGCAGAACCUGCAGCAGCUCCGGCCGCAGCAGCCGCGGAAGACGAUGACUGGGGGGACUUUGCCUCUGCACCAUCUGCCGCAGCUCCUGUGGCAGAGGUGGCAGGCACAAAACCAACUGUCAAGGAAGAGGUGUCCUUCGAUCCCAUUGCGGAGAAGAGCGCUGACCCCUAUAGCAACCUCGAAACCAUGGAGCAGAAGAAGAAGAGCGACGACAACCUGAUCCACUUUGGAAGUCUAGAUGAAUUUGAUCCGGUGGCGCAUCAGUUUGACACACCGGGACAGAAGGCUGCAGCAGAAGCGGCUUCUGCGGAGGCGGGCGACUUCAACCCCAACUCUGGCACACAGGCAACGGGAGAUGGGGGGGACCUGUUGGGCUUGGGCGGCGCGGCAUCUUCCUCAGUGGAGGAGCCUGAUAAGAAGAUGAUCUUCGUGUACCACAAGGGUGAGAAGAACUGUGUUGGAUGGUAUUCAGAUAUGAAGCCUGAGGACAUCAAAGAGGCCAUCCUUUGUGCCUGUGACGCGAUCAUGGAUGGAGGCUUUGUGCUGCGGGAGGUGCAGCUGGGAGAUGAUGAAGAGAAGGCUGAGCCUAGGGAGGAUGGGCAAGUCUUCGAGUUUGAGCAUUUCCACCAGUUGCAGAAUGGGCAGACCUACGCCAUUGAGGCUGCCGGGGAGCGGGAAGACCUGAAAAAGAUCACAGGCGAUCGCUUCCGACGGCUCAAGGUGCAGAUCGAUCCCAAGCUCCACGUCGAGGCGGUCAAGGCCAUUGACCGCAUGCGGCGUGGUGCCAACCUUCUGAAGCACACGCACUACGGCUUUCCUCAUCUCCGGCAGUUCCAGUUGAGCGACGACACGAAGCGCCUCAUCUGGUACUCCGGCGCGAAGAGGAAAGAAGACUCCAUGGUUAAUUUGGACGAGGUAGUGGAGAUUAAGCUGGGCCAACAGACGCCAGUCUUCCUGCACUAUCGCUUGCCGAUGCUGGAGCACUUGUCCUUUUCGAUCAUCUAUGGUCCCAAAGGUUCUAAAACCUUGGACCUCACCUGCAAAGACGAGUUCGAGUUCGACCACUGGGUCACAGGGCUCAAGGCCAUCUUCUACUCCUCCAAGAACAAGCAGAUCUCCAAGGAGGCGCUCUUGGCGCAUUCCAAGCGCUUUCAGAAAGCCAUGGAAAAGAACAACGUUGGAAUCAAAUUGACCAAGUUGCCCGAAGUCAAGGAGAAGGGCCAUGUUGGCCUUGAUGAUUGCAUUGAGAUCGUCACUCACACACCGCAGCAGUUGGACACGAAGAUGGAACGUCUCAGGGAACGGCUCAAGACGAUGAGUCAACAGGUUUCCCGAUUGGAUCAUCAUUCGGCAGCAGAGAUGGAGGUGGACUUGUCGCUGCUGACAGGUCAGGGUCCGGCCUAUGCGAGUGUCUUCGUACAGGAUGAGGAUGCUCAGGAUGAAGAGAUGGAAAUUCGACGAAUGCAUGAAUUGGUUGAGCAGACCACCCAGGUGCUACAGCAGGCGCGAAAUGAGCUCAUCGCUCUGAACCAGCGCCAGCGCUCCGAAUCCUCCGCCGGCAACACGGAGGCCAAAGCCAAGAAGAAAGAGACCGCCGCCUGCAAGCACAUCGACCAGCUCCUGUGGAAAGCGGAAGUGGACCUGGAGAAUGUUGAAGACAUGUAUUUGCGGCACAUUGACAACCAGAAGGAGACCUACUCCUUAGCCGACUUCAACCAGAGAGUGUCCAGAACUUUCUCCGAGAUCGAGGAGAGCAUAAACAAUCAGUUCGACUCCAUCAAGUCUUUCUUUUUGAGGUUCCUGUCCCGAGUGUGAUUUCUUUUCAUAAUCCCGCAUUCCAAGAGCUUACUUUGAGAUAGAUGAUGACAACUGGGGGUCAAGAGCUCAAGUACCCCAUCAAAUCAGCUUGAAGCUUAUUUUGCAGAAGACACUUUCUCGAACUCAGAAGCAGGCUUGUUUUUUCAGAAGCCUUACACAGAUAUGGGAGAUCACAGUGUAUGCACCUCGCAGCAAAACAGAGUCUGUAGCAAAACCAGAGUCCCCCGGAGCGGAGCGAAGUGCUGAACUGAGUGUUUCGAUGGAGGGUGGUUUGCUUUGACCCACAUGCUUGAUUUCCCCUAUAUAGAUUGAACAUGCCGUUUCCCCAAGAUUCCUUGCCUUUCAUGUUGAUCAUAUUGGCGAAUGGGAGGGCUGGAGACAGGCGAAUCUUUUGCUUUUCGUAAGUAAGGCAGCAUUCGGCUUGCGCAGCUUUUCCUAAUCUGAAAACAGAUGGGCUCUUCAGCUGGUGAAUGAUGCAUCUGCCUUGGAGGUAAGUGUUAAAGAGGUGCGACUUGCUCAGCCUGGUGCUCAGCUGGCUGAGAGCUCGAGAUUUGGAGAGUCACUUCGAUCACAUUUCGUUCCAAAGGGUCGAAUAGAUCAGUUCGUAGCAGGAUGUGAGAUGAGGUGCUCUUUCAUUUUUUUCGUACCGUGUAGGGU